GUCCCUUCACUAAGAUGGCGCCCUUUUCACUCUCACAGUCAUUUCUUUUGCGACACAAAUUGGUUUCCGGUCGCAGCGGCGAGGCGAGUCCAUGAGAAGUCGUUUGAAACAGACAAGCCAGCUUUAUUCACCAUCAAAAUCAGCUUCACAGUAAUAUUCAUCAGCACAACUUUAACACCGAGCGCUAGAAGAUGGCCGACGUUAUUCAGAAGAAACUGCAAAGCGAAGUCGAAAAAUACCAGCAAAUCCAAAAAGACCUCAGUAAGAGCAUGUCCGCUCGACAGAAGCUUGAGGCUCAGCUGACAGAAAACAACAUUGUGAAAGAGGAACUGGACCUGCUGGACUCUCAGAACCUGGUGUACAAGCUCAUCGGACCUGUGCUGGUAAAACAAGACCUGGAGGAGGCCAAGGGGACCGUGGGGAAGAGACUGGAGUACAUCAACGGAGAGAUUAAGCGGUAUGAGACUCAGAUGAAGGAGAUGGAGAAGCGAUCGGAACGACACCGCGAGGUUCUGGCCGGCCUGCAGCAGGAGUACCAGAAGAGUCAGGGGAAAGUACCUGUCAAGGUCUAGAGCCAGGCAACCAUCACACUGAGACAUUGAGACAGAGUGACAGACACACACAGACUGAGAAAUACACAUACACACACACACACACGUGCUGACUGAGACACACACACAGAGUCUGACACUGAAUCCAUUCAUUUUAUUAGCUCUUGUUUUGCUGAGUGACUCGCAGGACUUGUCAGAUUGAUGACCAAUGGGAUGAUGACGGUGAUGUCAGUGCUGCUUGCUGUCCCAUCAUGCAAUGCGCUGGCUGCACUCUGUUCAAGAUCUUAUUUUAUGUUACUUUGCAUUUCUGUAUAGCUGCAGAAUAAAACAAAAACACAGUCUGCA